CGCACCUGCGAUAAUUGGGAAACAUAGUAUUGCACUCGUUUUCUUGAUGAUUUACAGCACGAAACAGCUGCCACAGCUUUAAAUGGAUGGAUGAAACAAUAAGGGGGUUUAUAAAGUUAUAACUUGGAAUAACUAAUCACAAUAUAAAAACAAAAAAUCUAAUAAACGGCCACCCGUCCACUAAAAUUGUUUCAUUGAAGAUUGUUACAGUUAAAGUUAGUGUGCGUAUUUUUUAUAACGUGUUUACAAAUCAAACAAUUGGAUGAAGGUAACGUUUUGUAAAACAAACUGAACACUAAAAGUAAUAAUAGCAAUACAAUCAACCAGAAGUAGUUCUUUGAGCCCAAUGACAGACUCUCAUCCACGUGAUGACAUCACAACAACUAAGCAAGCAAAAAACAAGAUCUAAAAGUUACAAGGGCAACAACAUGUUGCAUUUACCAAGCAUCAAGGACAAUCAACAGAAAAGAAUGGCGAUAUACUAUCCAACUAAGCAGAACAUCGACCUGGAUGUUUUUAAUUCCAUUCAAUCAACUCCAUUCCCAACAAAGCUUCCAGAAGUAGCUCUACGUCGUCCUGUAACGAAGGUACUACGGAUUCCAGAAGCGUCUAAACCUGUGCUCGAUAAUAUCAUAGCAGAUUGUCGAGAUGUAACUAUAAGUACCGAUAUACAAAAAGAACUAACAAGCAUAGAACAGUUAACUAAGAGAAAAGCAUUCACAAAAUACAGUGUAUUGCCACCUAUUGCUAAAAAAUUGGAGUAUGAACAACAGAAAAAAUUGACACCAAUUAAUAGCGAAAAUAAAAACCAAUUUAAUACAAAAGUAGAGAAAAUAGUAACUAAAGAUACAGGAGAUUCAGUGCCUACUAAUGAGGGAGGCAAAAGGAAGAGAAACUUGCACAUUGCUACUUCCCUUCCCAAAACUCCACCUGCACAUUAUAGAAAUAAAGACCUGAGCAAAAAAGCUGAAAGCGAGUUUUGUAAUAAAAUGCUUAAAUGGGUAAAAUUUAAAGGUCGAAGGAAUGCAAUUUGCUUCGAAAUGGACGAGAUAUAUAAGGAACUAUCUACAAUUAUAAAACAUAAUUUACUUAUACAACAUUUAGAGGAAAUAUGGAUGUGCUAAUGAAAGUGACUUAUAUAGAUAUAUGAAUUGAGAAAACAUGUAAAAGUUUAUACAAGUGGGAAACAUGGUAAAUAAAUUUUUGCCAAAAGGAUACCCAAUAACCAAUUUUUACCAAAAAGAUACCCAGUAACCAACAUCUGUUUCAGGCAGUAUUUAAACAGUUGUAUUUUACACGACAUUCAGGAAUACGUGUACAAUGGAAUGUAGCACCAUUUGGUUGUUUUUGAAAUAAAGUCACAA